AUGCUGCUGUUGCCACAUGAUCUUCGAUGUUCUAGAAUUGGGAUAAAUGUGCUUCGUGAAGGUGGCAAUGCCGUUGAUGCAUCAGUAGCCGCUGUUCUUCGCUUAGGGGUUGUGAAUCCAGCAUCAAGUGGGCUUGGAGGCGGAGCCUUCAUGUUUAUAAGGCUAGCCAGUGGGGAAGCACAUGCCUUUGAUAUGAGAGAAACUGCACCCUUACUUGCUUCCGAGAAUAUGUAUGCUGGCAAUGAAACUCUGAAAGGUAAAGGCGCUCUCUCUGUAGCAAUUCCAGGGGAACUGAUUUCACCAUACCUCCACAUGCAAAUGGUUAAGAUGAUAUCAGGAAUCUUGGCAGAUGAGGGACUUCGUCAUCCAUUUACAUUAAACGGGAGUCUUUUGAAGACAGGUGAGACAUGCUGUAACAUGAAACUGGCAGAGACACUCAGUCAAAUUUCGAAGUUUGGUCCCAUAGCCUUCUAUAAUGGAUCAAUUGGAUCGAAAUUGGUCAGAGAUAUUCAAAAGCUUGGAGGAAUACGAACAAUGAAGGAUUUGCAAAAUUAUAAAGUUAAGCUGAGGAAGCCUGUAUCUGCUGACACAUUAGGGCUUAAAAUAUUGACUAUGCCUCCUCCUUCUGGAGGUCCUCCGAUGAUACUUGUGAGUAAAGCUUUGUUCUUAAUCUAG